AGCUUCACUUCGCAACGCGCAAUGACGCGCCGUGUCCUGCACUCUCUCCACGCCCCCUAGUCUGUUCGCGUGGAUCUGCCUUUGCCUUUUCCCAGCCUCAAUUCGUUCCUUUGUUGCCCCUCCACUGCCGCCGCCGCCACCAUGCUCGAGUUCCGGACCCAAGGCUUCAACGGCUACUCGGUCAAGUACAGCCCCUUCUUCGAUUCGCGCAUCGCGGUCGCAACCUCGGCCAACUUUGGCCUCGUGGGCAACGGGCGCCUCUACAUUCUCGGGCUGACGGCCAACGGCAUCGUCGCUGAAAAGUGGUUCGACACGCAAGACUCCCUCUUCGACAGCACGUGGUCGGAAGCGCACGAGAACCAGCUGCUGACGGCCGGCGGCGACGGCUCCGUCAAGCUCUUCGACAUCAACGUGCCCACGUACCCCAUUGCCUCGUGGCAGGAGCACGCGCGCGAAGUCUUUGCCGUCCACUGGAACCUCGUUGCCAAAGACACGUUUCUGUCGUCGUCGUGGGACGGCACAAUCAAGAUCUGGAAUCCAAAUGCAAAUGCCAGCAUCACGACGCUGCCCACGCAUUCGUGCACCUACUCGGCCAGCUUCAGCCCCCAUAGCCCCAGCAUCCUCAGCAGCGUCAGCUCAGAUAGCCAUUUGCGUGUUUUUGACCUGCGCACCCCAGCCAGCGCGAGCAACCACUUGACCAUGAGUCUGCCCAUUCACCAGCCGCCGAAGCCGCGCAUGGGCGCCGCCGCUCCCGUCGGCAUAGCGCCCGCCGAAGCCCUAACGCACGACUGGAACAAGUACCGUGAUAGCAUUGUUGCAACCGCAGGCGUCGACCGCGUCAUUCGCACCUUUGAUAUCCGCAUGCCGGGUCAGGGCCCCAUUGCCGUGUUGCCAGGCCACGAGUAUGCCGUCAGGAGACUGAGCUGGAGCCCCCAUCUAUCAGAUAUCCUGCUCAGCGCCAGCUACGACAUGACGUGUCGUGUGUGGACGGACGGCAGCGCCAUGGGCGUCGGCAGUAUCAAGCAGGACAAUAUGCUCGAGGACCCCAUGUUCUACGGCGGGGGCAGGGAAAUGGGCAGAAUGGGCAGACACACAGAGUUUGUCACGGGCGUCGACUGGUGUCUGUUUGGCGCAGAGGGCUGGUGUGCGAGUACCGGGUGGGACGAGAGGGUCCUGGUAUGGGAUUGCCGAGCCGUCAUGCAAUAGAUUGAUUGA